AUGCCCCGUGAAAUUAUUACUCUUCAAAUUGGACAAUGUGGAAAUCAAAGUAAGGUUACUUUACUUAUGUUUUCAUGGGCAAAAAUCAUCGCCAAAUAUGCAUGAGCUAUGUAAAAUAUAUUGAUCGGCUGCGAGUUUAGAAACUUAAGGUAUAUAAGCUAAUGGCUUUGUUUUUUGAAUAGUUGGAAUGGAGUUCUGGAAACAGCUCUGUGCUGAACAUGGAAUAAGGCCAGGUGGGUAGUGAAAAAGAACACUUUCAUGCAAGCAAAGUAUUCUACUGUUUAUCCAAGUUAAAGUUAAUAAUACACUUGAUUUGAUGGAAAUCAGAUCAUAUCAUUAUCUCAUCUUGUAGUGAUUCAAUCAAUUGCAAAUUAAUCCUAUUGAUUUGUAUCGAUCUAUUAGAUGGAAUUCUUGAGGACUUUGCUACAGAUGGGACUGAUAGAAAAGACGUAUUUUUCUACCAGGUAAAAUGAGUAGAAUUUACUGUCUGGGGUAACUAGUCAUUUAGUACCCUGGUCCAGGUUGUUCAAUUGUUAGAUAGUGCUAUCCUUUGAAUAAAUUGUUAUCCGACCAGCGGAUAAGUAUUAUGGAAACCAAUUGCGUUACCCAGUGGAUAGAGAUUUAUUCAGUGGAUAGCAUUAUCCGCCUUUUGAACAACUGAGGCCUGGUUAUCUAUUCUGGUAAUGGGAGGUGGGUGGGGGGGGGGGAGGGUAAGGGGGUCCAAAACCUUCAAAACCUGUGCAGAAAAACAUAACAGAAAACUGCAUAGAGGAAAGUCAAAAAGUAAAGUUGUGUUACCAAAAUGAAUAAAAACUGCAAACCGCAUAGUCUAGUAAAACUGCAACACUACAGGUUCAAAUCAAUAUUACUUUAAAACCACACCAAAAAUAGUGCAAAAUUAAAUCAAUGCCAAUCUUGAUGUACUCCUCAUCCUUGGAAACUUAGACCUCCUUUAAGGACAUUUUAACUCCCAAAGGUAAGGCAUUUUUCCCCAUUAAUGAGAGAAUAGACCCCUUCUAUUUGCUCCACCAGACUGGGUUUAAAUGUAACAAUAUGAUCUAGGCAGCUCCGAUCCCCGGAGAUAGAGAGACUAACAAGGACUUUCUCAAAGUCCCUUGCAUUUCAUUUCCAGUUCCAGGCAUAAGCAUGCAAAAAAAACAUAUAAAAAUCUAAGGCUUGCACUUUAAUACCCUUGGGGAAUUUUUUUUAGCUCAUCUUGUGGACAAGUUUAAGACUGCUUAGUGAUUAUUCUUUUACUUUGAUUUAGGCUGAUGACGAGCACUACAUUCCCAGAGCUGUUCUUUUGGAUCUGGAGCCAAGGGUGAGAGAAAGAUACUUUAGUUCAGAGAAAAUUAAACUUUUAGGAGAGUUGAAUGUUUUUUCUUAAAUUAUUACCAGGGGAAGUGAUGAAAUGAACUAAACAAAAAAAAAAAAUGCUCGUAUCAAACGACAUACAUAUGUACAUACAGAAUGCAAACUUUACAUGCAGGUUAUCAGUCAAUUCAAUCUAGCUUUCACAAGGCACUGUAUAGGUAUGUGUGGCUGAGUGGUUAACAUCUCAAACUCGGGAUCUGGGAUCUGGAGGUCUGGGGUUAAAGCUUCUCCUGUCGCAUUGUUUCCUUAAACAAAGAACUUAACUCCACUUUGUCCAUCUUCACCCAGGUUUAUAAAUGGGUACCAGCUACAUAGUGCUGGAGGGUAACCCUGCAAUGGACUAGCAUCCCGUCCAGGGGGAAGUAGCAACACUCCUAGGCAUGCUUCGUACUAAGGAAACCAAGAUAAUCUCCGGCUGUUUAGGCCUUUGGCUUGUGUGUGCCUUUCUCUUUUUUUACCUUCACGAGACCAGGCGGUUUGUUUGGCAGUGGUAUCCAGGGAAGUAGCCAUAACAAAAGCUAAGCAGGUUUUUGUUAGUCAAGCAAGCUUUCCUACUCAACAACAUUCUAAAAUUUUUUAGCUGUAUUACAAUGUCUUGUGGUUUUUUUUCUUUCAGGUUAUUGAUACCAUCACAUCUUCACCAUAUGCAAAUCUGUAUAACCCAGAGAAUAUGUAUACAUCAAAACAUGGUGGGGGAGCAGGCAAUAACUGGGCCAGCGGAUAUUCACAGGUUUAAUUAUUGUAAAAUUUACUGAAACUAAUGGCACUGUGAUAAUUAUUGCAAGCAAAAUGUAAAAAUAUUAAUGUUAAUGAUUAGUUGCGCUACCCUGGGCUGAUUCAACUGGCCCUGUUUGUUAAAAAGUUGGAUAACGCUAUCCACUGGAUAAACCUCUAUCCACUGGAUAGUGAUUUAUCUAACGUUUGAACAAGUUAGGCGUGGUCUACAGGUAUUCUGCUGAAAGAAAUCUCAAACAAAUAAUAUUGUUUAUGUCAAACAUAACAUGAUUUAGAACCACAUCUGGCUAUUGACAAGGAAGCCCAAAGAAGUGGCACAUAUUUACUUCACCAUGUCAAAUCAAGGUGGUAAUCUCUAGAAAUCAUUGACUAAAACAAUCACAGAGAAAAAAAGGGGGAACUGCGAACAGUCUAUAGGAAGUUUUGCUGACAAAAUAAAAAUAUUACCCUAGCUUAAUUCUCUUUCCACCCUCAACUGAAUAUUACUAUUAUUAAUAAUAAAAAUUAAAUUGAUCCCGACGGUGUAAUAUUUUUUAGGCCGAACGUCUCCAUGAGGAAACCUUUGAUAUCAUUGAUAGAGAGGCUGAUGGAAGUGACAGUUUAGAGGUAAUCUUGCCGAGAAUUACUACACUAGUUUUUGGACCACUCUGUCAGAUUCAGGGAAUGAAAAAAUUUUGAUCUGUUACUCAACCCAUUUGUCUCUGAACCGCCCGUGCAGAUCCACAGCUUUUCCACUGCUUGUGAUGUCGUCAGUUUUAACGUCAAGGACAACUUUGUCUGUUAACUUGUGCAAGGUGAAGAGAUCUUUCAAACCAUACCAGAAUGAGCAUGAUUCAAUUCAGACAAAUACCAUGUAAAGUUGCCCCAAAAAUUCCCUUGAAAAUCUUGUUCCACUACCCACCUACCUUUCCUUUUAUCUAAUCCUAAGAUCCUAAAAACUUUCCCAAAAACUUUUCCUACCAAAAUGAAGCCUGCUUAAUUCCCAGCAAGAGAAAAAACAAGGCAAGAAAAGCUAAAAGAAAAAGUCAAGACUGCUGUGUCACUUUUAAACCCAAUAGCUAUCUAUAGCCAGAGAGUGACCAGAAAACCACGUAGAUUCAAAACGCAUAUUUUGGCUAAAUUCCCAGAGGCAAAUGGGUUACUUGAUUAUGUAAUUUAUGAAAAUUUAUACCUGGAAAUUUAUGGAAGUCUUCAAUAUUUUUACUGUAUGUUAAUUUGUGGACAUAAUGAUAAAAAUAUUUCACUGUUUUAGAAUAAUUUAAUUAAUAGACAAUGCAAUGUUUGUUUACAGGGAUUUGUAAUGUGCCAUUCUAUUGCUGGUGGAACAGGGUCUGGUAUGGGCUCAUAUCUUUUGGAGAAACUCAAUGACAGGUAUAGAGUCCUUGAAUUACAGCUGUAAUUUUACAUCAUCCACUCAAUUUAUGCUGGUUUUUUUUGGCCUUGCACUUGCCGAAUUGACAAUAUACAAGUAACAACUUUUAAAAUAUUCAACUAAUAUUUUCUCUUUCAAUAGGUUUCCAAAGAAGUUAAUUCAAACAUACUCAGUGUUUCCUCAACAGGUAAUGAAAUAACAAGAGCUAAUCUCGGGUUAAUUUUAGAUUGAAUUGACCACUGUACUUGGUUAUAAUGCCUUCACUCAUUCAAUGUUGUAGUGCAUAGUUUUUGCAUAGUUUUGUAAGAGGGACAAAAAAUGGCUCAUUGUGCCAAGAUUAAUGGGGACAAAAUGGCUCUAGUUAGUGGUCGAGAGGGCUAGAUUUCAAUGUUGUCACCCUGGCUUCAAAUCCUCACUCUAAUCCUUCAGCCAUGCUUGGAAAUAACCAAAAUCUAACCUUCCAGAACUGGGGUUGUAAACUUGUGUAGUUGCAUGGGAAGUAUUUGUUUCAUAACCUGAAUAGCCCCUAACAAGGAGAGCAUAUAUAAUGAAAUAAUUGACAUGAUACAUGUAGGUGUUUAUUCUUGUACAGUCCACUCUCUCUUAACAGACACCUCUAUAAGACAGACACCUCUGUAAAACGGACACUUAGAGUUGGUUCCUGCCUUUCUUUACUCCUUUUAUUUGACUCUCUAUAAGACGGACACUUAGUGCUGGUCCCAAAGGUGUCCGUCUUAGAGAGAGUUGACUGUAGUCCUCUUUUAAUUUUUAAGAUAAGGUGUGGUAUGGGAUGUCCCUAUACACCCCUCAACUCAAUGCUGGGAGCAAUCCCAUUUGAAAUAGGCACUUGAGUACUGGUCUUAAUGUUGUGAUUCUAACUAGAAAUUACUUUAGGGAACAUAGGAGUUGGGUCCAAUUAUUACAAGGUACUAAGACUGGCUGUGGUCUUGUCAAACAUAAAAAGUGUAUCAUUAUGUUUUGUAGGAAGACUUCAGUGAUGUUGUUGUCCAGCCAUAUAACUCGAUACUGACGCUCAAGCGAUUAACUCAAAAUGCAGAUUGUGUGGUAGGUAAUUGUACCUUGCACUUAUGUAUCACAAACAUCAGGUCAGUGUGAGAAAACAGCCAACAUUUUGCGAUGCCACCACGGUUUCUCCACAAAAUAUUUUCUGAGAAAUGAGCACAGAAAUUCCCCACUGAUGACAUGUCACUACCAAGAUCUGCGUUGCGCUUUUGAUUGGUUGAAACAAAUUUCCUACAUGGCACAACCAAUCAGAAGCACUACCCAGAUCUGGGUAGUUACGCAUCAUCAAUAUGGAAUUUCUACACUCAUCUCUCAGAGGUCAUUUUGCAGGGAAACCAGAGGAAGCGUUGUGAAAUGUCAGCUGUUUUCUCAGGCUAUCAUCAGAGCUGUGAGUAAUUUUUAAGUAGGCAAGGAAAUGGAGAAGUCACAGGGAAUUUCAAAAUUUUCUGGUCUUGUCAGUGUAUCUGGUUUCUAUCAAAAUAACCAGGACUAAGAUUUAUAGUGAUAUCAAGACAAAUUCUCAGCCCCCAGCCCUUGAUGACAACUCUGAAUAAUAUUAUUUUGUGGUUGAUUAAAUCAGUCACAUUGCUAUGUCCUACUGUCUUGCAGGUAAUGUUUGGCUCUUGUGGAUUUUAAGUUGAGUGUUUUAAUUAUUUCUUAGGUGGUCCUUGACAACACAGCCUUAAACAGAAUAGCUGCAGACAGACUGCACAUUCAAAACCCAACAUUUUCCCAAGUAAAUCAACUGGUACGUGGAUUUUACAAUCUUCUAUAACAUUAUUUACUUGGUCUUGUUAAAUUUUCUUCAGGAGAGCUUUUGUGCUAAAACAUGAUAUCUUCACUCUCGCAUGGAAAUUAUGACAUAUUAUCUUAAAACUACAUGUGAAAAGAUCACCCUUGCUAUGGCUACAUUGCACUUUUUGCACCAAAAAAAAUAAAAGUGAAAUGGUCUGGUAUUUCACUUGUAUUUAUAUAUGGAACAUAAUGGCGGCUUGGAGAUACAUGGUCAAAAAUAUUUCAUGCCUUCACUCAUGAAAUAUUUUUCAAUUCAACACUCAAAGAUAAAUUUCUUAUCUCUGUGUGGCCAUGUAAUAUCCACAAUUUAUUUUUUAAUCCAGGUAUCCACUAUAAUGGCUACAAGUACAACAACUCUAAGAUACCCAGGUAAGAAUUUUUAAGCAUUAAAAAGUUUGCUUGGAAUAUAAUCUUUUGUGAUUCUUAGCACCAGGCUUUUAGCCAGACAUUAAAAACUGGCCGUCCAGAAGGCAUGUUUUCCCGUAAAAUUAUAAGAGAUUAAGUGAAUUUUCCUCGUAUUUCUUCCAAAAAUGGGCAUCCAUAGGACUGCUGGCUAAAACUUUGCUCAGCACCCAGUAAUUUUUAAUUUCUUUAUGUGUGUGUUAAAACUUGAUGAAACUCCAGCAAACUUUAAGAAAACAUUAAUUUUAAAACAGGCAAAUAAAAAGGCUGCUUUCCAGCAGUAUUUAAUAAAAUAUCAAUCAGUUAUUAGCACUAAGUGGUCUGUUUACCAUCUUUCAGGUUAUAUGAACAAUGAUUUGAUUGGACUGAUUGCAUCACUCAUUCCUACUCCACGACUGCAUUUUUUAAUGACAGGAUACACACCACUUACUACUGACCAAAAGGUAUCUACAUGUAUAAUGGUUUAUCUGAGUUGUGGUUCAAUCUUGGUUUAAAUGUGGCUAAAUAUAAUAAUAUUUAGGAAAAGUCAACCUCAAACAAAUGCUGGUCAGCAGUUUUCCCAACUGUGCUGGGGUGGCGCGAUGCCUCUCAGCAGGGGCAUCUCAUGACUUACAUACACAGUUGCUUGCUUGCAGUUCUUCGCAAAGUGUCUUUGCUUUAACCUUGUUGCCUGCCUGCCAAUUUUGUGCUGUGUUUUACCUGACCCUCCCUCCCCCUUUAUUUUAGGGCUAGGUAAGUAUUAGUUGGUAAGUAUUCCACUUAUUAUCAGUUCAGUGUGACUGUACCUGGUAAGGGCCACUUGCAGGGUUGCCAUGGAUACCUCCUUCCUCAUGCUUGAGCAUUGCCCAGCUCAAUCAUCCUUUUACAAGGCCACUUACUAGAUUUGUACAUGACAUGUGUCCUGUGUACUGCUAGUAUCAGUAAUGUAAAAAAUUUACUGCGUUUUGAAAUCUGUGUGUGACAUAAUAGGGCCAUUUAUACGAAGAAAAAUAAGACGCGUCUUACAUAAGACGCAAUGUAAGACGCGUCUUAUUUUUCCUCGUAUAAAUGGCCCUAUUGUCUACAUUCUUUCUUACCCCCUUGUUUGGUGUUGCAAUUUUCAACUUAACAGAAAAAAAUAAAAUAAAGACAUCGUUUAUUUCUUCUCUUUUUAGGUUGCCAAUAUCCGUAAAACAACAGUUCUUGACGUCAUGAGAAGGCUUCUGCAAGUGAGUAUGUUAGACCCUUGCUUAGUUUUUCUAACUUUUGACAUGGACCAAAUAGAAAAAGUCAGUCAACACCACUGGAAAGAGACCCUUGAAGCCAAUAAAGUUGCCGAGUUUGAGAGUGAUUUGUUGAAAGCUACAAAGAUACAGCUCUGCAAAAUCACAAAAUUUUACAGAUGUGAAUAUGUUACAGGUGAUAUUGGAUUUCAGGUUAAUAAUCUAUCUAUGUUGAUUCUCUAUUACCUUUGUAAUCCAGCCCUGGAAUAAAGAAAGUUUGACCUGUUCCAUCCCUCUUUGCCCCCACCACCACCACCACUGUAUAAAAGUCUGUUAAUUUUUUCAACUUUGUGUGGAUACAUCCUUGCUUGCUACAAAAAUAUCACUGUCUUUGUCCCUUUUAGCCCAAGAAUGUAAUGGUUUCAACCCUGCGAGACAGAAAACAUACCCACUGCUAUAUCUCUAUUUUGAACAUAAUCCAAGGUGAAGUCGACCCCACCCAGGUGUGUUACAGUUCAUUCACUAAUUGAAACAAGAUGUUCUUGGAGCGUGACCUAGGGCAUCAGUAGUAGGAGUUUAGGGAAAACUAAAGCUAACUUGUGGAUGGUUAUAGCUUUAUUAAACAAUUAAUAAUACUAAUAAUAAUAAUCAAUGGAAGAAGAAGAGGAGGGAAAAUCAGUUUUAUUUGAGGAACCAGGGAUUUGCAACUCAACCACGAAAAACACCUUUACCUUUUGGCUGGAAAAUAUUUUAUUUAUAAAAAAGACAAAUACGCAAAAUACUUAACGUAUUUUACGCCAAAAUUUUUAAGAUGACUCCAGUGAGGUUACAGAGGGAGUCACUUUGACUCACAGAAAUUUUCGGUCGUAAAAUAGUUUUUUCCUUAUCUUUUUCAAUAAAUACAAUGACAGAUACAUGUAGAGAACUUAAUAAGAUUAUCCAAAGCUGUCAAAGGUUUUUUUUUUAGUGGAGAGUUUCUUUUCAGGAUAAAACUGAGUUGUUGCAUUAGUUGGUGUAAUGAAUUAGAGAAAAUGCAAGUAAAUGUGUGAGUUAUUUGGCUGAUAUUCUUCUAUUUUUGUGAUUUAGGUUCAUAAAAGUCUUCAGCGCAUCAGGGAGAGAAAACUUGCGGAGUUUAUUCCUUGGGGCCCAGCCAGUAUACAGGUUUGAACACAGCACUAAUCUAAUAGACCAAGUACCUUUUAGGCUCGUUGCAAACGGACUCAACAUUGUUGGCCAACAACUCCCAACACUUUUGGGGCUUGUUGCGUCCCUUUGUACGUAGCUAAAAGUUUGACCGGUUUCAAACGUUGUGUAACAACUCCCAACAACACGCAACAACAUGCAAUAGGGUUUGCAAACGGAUGCAACAUGUAACACGCUACAAUGUUGGGAGUGGUUGGCCAACAAUGUUGUCUCCGUUUGCACGUGGCUUUACGACACAAAGGGGUUAAGGCAGUGCUUAAAAAAAAACGUGAAUUCCAGCUUGUCCUUUGGGCAAGCACCCCUCACGUUUUGCUCCCGCGGGGCAACUACUUGGUUGGCAAUCGGUUAUCCCUCGAAUUCGUUGCUCUCGCCAUUUUUUCGUUAUCGAAAAUAACCGUUUUGUUGUUGAAACGUGCAUGUAGAGCGAAAAAAACAUGUAAAAAAUCGGCAGCAACGUGCUGGUGUUGCAGAAAGUGCCUAAUUUCAUGUUUCCUGGAGGACGGGAACACAAGACAACAACUUUCCUUUUCUUUUCCUGAACUUUGAUACAAACCUUUGGAAUUCAACUCCAAAAAAAAUUUGCCAACAAAACAUUUGACGAAUUAAACGAGAUGGAAUAAGCGCGAUAGUUUGAGGCAGCACGACUUCACUUUUUAAGUAACCGUCGCCGUCGUUGUUGCUUAAGCUCGCAAAUGCUUUAAUUGGAGGACGACAUGUCUGGACCCAUUGGGUAACUCAGCUUUAAAAGUUACUUGCCCAGCAAGAAAAUCUACUUGUCCCGGAUGACUGGACGGGACAUUUUUUGAGCUUUGUAAAGUGGCUCUGUCAAGCUAUUUGCUAUCUUUUUAAAAACCUAUGACUUGGCUUUUUCAUCAAUUGAAUUCCAAAAAUAAUGGUCCAGUGUUGUCAUUAAGAGCUAGAUUUAGGUAUUGAAACUGUUUCCUGUCGUCUGUUGCAACAGAUGACAUGAAUGCACAUGGAUAGAAACUUGAAAAAUUUGGCUCAAGCUUUUCAAGUUUUAAUGAUAUGCCUGCAAAAAUCACCAAACAAUUUUUGUGAAAAUUGUUUGAUAUCGUCUUCAUAACUCUACAAGAGCAUUUUGUUUUUUGUUAAAGGCACUAAGUAAUGACUUUAUAAGCACAGAGGGUAACUGGUCAAGUUGCCCAAAAGUCAUCUCGCCCGAAGUCAUGUCGCCCGUAAUCAGAGUUAUGUCGCUGGACACUUUUAGUUAAGUCGCCCGAAAGUCAUCUCGCCCGAAGUCAAAUCGCCCAAAACCAGAGUUAUGUCGCCCGAGGUUUUAAGUUAAGUCGCCCGAAAUUUUAGUAAAGAGUGUGUUCUCGUUCUUUAAGCGAUAAUGCAACGAAACAAGCAGGAUAAUUGUGUAGUAUAGUCUCGUUCUUUUAGCGAUGAUGCUAUGGUGCGACAAAACAAGCAAGAUGAAUGUGUAACCGAUCUCGUUCUUUAUGCAGUGAUGAGACGAAACAAGUGGGAUAAAUGAGUAACAUAUCUUGUUCUUAAAGAUUUGAUGAGACGAAACUGGCGCGUUUAAGAUGUUUGGAUGUUGUUGAGCAUUAUAAAAUUUCGGACGACAUAACUUUGGUUUCGGGCGAGAUGACUUUCUGGCGACGUGACCGUAAACCGCACAGAAUUGAACUAAAACUGCAAUAUCCUUGCGAAAUUGCCCUUUAAACUGGCUUCCAGUUGAAACUUAUCAAGUAUGCCCCCAAGAGAUUUCAUUUAACUGAUUAUUUGAAUGUUGAAUGCAUUUUUAGUUGCUUAUUGCCUUGUGGUUUGAUUGUUGGUAAUGUUUGAUAAUAUUGUUACCCUCUGUAGGUUGCUCUGUCCAGAAAGUCGCCAUAUGUGCAAACAGCACAUAGAGUGAGUGGUCUGAUGUUAGCCAAUCACACCAGCAUUGCAACUGUAAGUUAGUAUAAUAAAUAUGUGGAGCAUGACGUAGUCCUGAAUAGGACUGUUGUUGACGGUGACUGAUGAUUCGUCAACCUGUGCGGUACUUAACUUCAGAGUCAAAGUGAGCUGUAUCACUUUGACAAAAAUGGCGUUAAACACUCUUAUUUACCUGUUUAGUUGCUUUGUCCUAAGUAACCUGAGAUCAGGCCCAAUUUUAGCAGCUUCUAUACAUUCUCACUUACGUGGUCGCGCUAAAAAACGAAAAUAGAGGCUGAUCUCAGGUUAUGUCCUAAGUGAUUGGACAGUUGACAAUCUUACUAACAAUAAACGACUGUCCAACUGUGACAAAAGACGGAUCCAAACGCACCAAUGACAUUCAAGAGUCUUCAUAGCCAGUAACAUCACGGCUUAACUGACAGACGACCAAUAACAUCGCGAGGUUUACGGUCGUUUCUCUUACGAGUCGUUUCGCCAACGUCCUGUUUGCUAACUUCUUAAGUCGUUUCGCGUACGUGUUAGGUCAUUUCCGUAACCGCUUUCGCCUGAUCAGUGCCACUUUUUUGUAUCAUGGCUGAGCGAACGAAGCAUAUACAUGCGCAGCGCGCGUUUCGCUUCUUAGCGAAACGACAUAAAACGUUAGCGAACUGGACGUUAGCGAAACGACUCGUAGGCGAAACAACCGGUCACCCAUCGCGACAGUCCUAUUCAGGACUCGACUACGCUCACCUGAAGGAUCAUGUCCCCCUGCUUAUGAAAUGACUCCUGGAUUCAAAGCUUUCACAGUUUUCUAGUAUAAUCGCACCAAUUUUAUUAAUUGACUAUGUGAGGAAAAGAAAUUCAGUUUGUGUCGUUAACUUUCUCGAGAACGUUUUUCGCAGGUUGUUAGAAGGAUCAGCGGCACUGUGAAGAGAAUGGAAAAUCUUAAAGAUUUAUUUGCAAACAACAAAAAUAUGGCUUGGGCCCGGUUUAGACGCCGAACUUUUCAUUAGCCGAACCAAAUACGUUGAAUUAAGUACAUGAAAAGUUCGGCGUCUGAAUCAAUCAGGAACGCCUAUUUCAAUUUGGAACGGCUGAGCCGUUCUUCCUGCCUCGCCCGGCUGGGAAUUUCGACUUUGGAACGUCUUUGAUUCAGACGUCGAACUUUUCAUGUACCGAACCAAAUGCAUAGGUUAUUAUAAGGUAUUUUGUAAGUAGAUUGACCGAAGUGAAUGUUUUUCUCCUUUUUAAUUUAGUUCGGCUGAAAUUAAGGUCGGCGUCCGAGCUCAAUUCAGCCGGUCUUCAUAAUUUGGGUCGGCCUUUAUUCGAAUAUGGUUCGCCUCAAGAAAAGUUCGGCGGUUGAACCAGGCCUAAAAUGUUCCUGUUUUGUCCAAAAAUCACUCCAUACCAACAAUGAAACUUUUUUCCCGUUGCCUUUCGCCAUGUACAGAGACAAUGCAAAAAUAUUGCUGUGUUUGCUUUCCUUCCGAGUGGCUUGACGUGCCCCUUGAAAUUCGAAUUUUUUUGGAAACCGCGAGAGUUAUUCACCACUUUUUAAACAUUUUUAAGUAUUCAUUGAUGUAUAGUAACUUGUUUGACAUACAAAAGUUCACUGUACACAUUUGACGAUAGCCUGUGUACAGCCACUCCCUUGCCUUUAACAAACUUGUUUGAGGGGAGGGGCGGCUUUUUAAAGGUAAUGUUGCACGGGGCGAUGCGCAACGACAAUUUUUAGUGCAACACAGCAUUGCAUUGUUGGAACAAUGUUGUACCCAUUCGAAACAAUGUUGCAACAGUGUCUUGCGCUAAAAAUCUUCGUUGCGAACCGUCUCCUUAACACAGCGUUGCAAUAUUGGAACAAUUUUUAACUAUUCGAAACGCAAACAGGCUAUUAGACGUUUUUACGAUUAUAAAUCACUGAUCUCUUUUUUUUCAACAGGUUUUUGAAAAGAGCUGCCGAUUAUUUGAUAAAUUGCGUAAAAGAGAAGCUUUCCUGGACAAUUAUAAAAAGGAGGAGAUGUUCAAGGAAAACCUGGACGAAUUUGAUGCGUCCAGGUGAGUUAUUUAUCAAAGUUUAAGUCUGUACCGAUCCAGAGAUGACGGGAACCUCGACUGAAACUUGGAUUGCUUUCAGGGUCUUAAAACACGGUUUGCUCACAAAAUUUCAAAGGAUUGUAGUCAGGUUUGGUAGAAUGGAUUUCCAAGGUUUACAACUCUGAUAAACGCAACUUUACCGAAGAUUACAUGAGAUUCGGUAGAUUCAUUCUCUGUGUAAAUAGGGAGCGUUAAGAUCCGAGGACGGCGACGGCAGUGACACUACGACCCUGAAAAAAUUCAUUCGAAUUCCUUUAAUCUCCUUCGCGAUUACUUCAACUGACUUUAUUUUGUAGGCGAAUCCUCCUGAAGUUGAAUGCCUAAGAACUAUAUCCAAAUUCAGAAAGAGAAAUAAAAUUUCGUCGUUGUUCUCAAGAAAACAAGAAAUUGGGCAUUUUCACGUCGUAGUCGUGCAGUGACGGCAAAGAAAUGUACAAAAAAGCGUAAUGCGCGUGCAAAAUUGUUGUUUUGCUAAUAUUAGGCCAUGUUCACCGUUGACCGUAGGUUACUCGCAAACCCUGAAAUUACCUCAUCGCGUACUUGCACGGCGCAUCCUUAGUCAGAAUUUUUUUCUUUAAAUCACAUCAGACGUAUGGUAAUCACUUAGAACGACCAGACCUUAGAUUAUUUACUAAAUUAAAAUCUUAAUUUAAGUAGUAAUACCUUUACUUUGAUGCAUUUUUUAUUGUUAAAAUAUUUUACAUAAAUUUAGAUUUUGUUUCGUAAAAUUUAACUUUGGGUACUCGUAAGAUUAUAGAAAGGCUUUAAUGGUUGGAUCUUUUUACAGAGAGGUUGUCCAGCAGUUAAUAGAGGAAUACCAAGCGGCGACAAAGGCUAAUUAUAUCAUGUGGGGAACUCAACAACAGGUGAGGAGAAUCUCCUUCUUACUGACUGCAUAA